GUUAUACAUUAUAUACGUAGAACUGAACUUUCUAAAAGAUCAACAAAUUUUAUUGUGUAUUUUUGGUAUAUUCGAAAUAUUUUAUAUAAUUUCUCAAUAUGUAUAAUUUUGUUCUUAUUAGAACUUAUAGAAAAGAAGAUGAACCAUUUUGCAAGAAGUUACUUAAAGCUGGUGUAAUGGAUCAGCUAAAUGCAACAUUUAUUGGAUAUUUAUUGAGAAAACCUGUUUUUAUCUCAAUGAAUAUAGUGAUUUUAUUGAUUUCAAUAAUAUCCCUAUUAAAAGGCUUUUCUGUUGUUUAUUGUCUUAUGUUUAUAUUUAUUUUACCAAUUUUUUUAUACAUCUGCUUAUAUGUAUCAUUUUUCAAUGAAGCUAAAGAUAUGGAAAAAGAAGUAUCUGCGAUUUCACGGAUUUAUAUGUCGGAUAAUUCUUCUCAUUUUUGGGUAGCGGAAUCAUAUGAAUUUUAUUUAUUGAAUCGUCAUCAGCGACAUGAGCAACGUACAUUCAUGACAGAAGAAGAAUUCAAUAAAUCUAAUAUUGACGUAUCUAGGCAUAAAAAAAAAGUAGUAGGUACUAUCGCAUUGUAUAAAAGCUAUAAAAUACCUAAUGGUGCUUGGAUAACAAGAUUAUGUGUUCAUAAAGACUAUAGAAGGAAACGUAUAGGAACUCAUCUUGUGAAUCGAGCUCUGCAAUUUGGCACUGAACAAGGAUUUAUUACUGUUAAUGUGGUUAUCUCUGAAUAUAGAUUAGCUGCUUUAAAAUUAUUUUAUAACAGAGGUUUCCAUAGAUAUUUGAUACGUGGCAGAUCAUAUAAUGCAUCAGUAGUAUUUCAUGAAUUAUCAUAUAGAACGAAGUAUUUUAAGCCUAAUGAAUUAUAUGUUAAAAGUCCAUAUAAGGUUAAAUCUGUGCGAAACUGAAUCAUCCAUCCCACUUAAAUAUUUAAAUCAGAUGUAGUAAUAGUAUUUUUAUAUUUAUUUUUUGUAUGUUAUAAUAUUUUGUAAAAUAUAUAUGAGAAAAGACACUGCAAAAAAUCCGUAAUUUUCUUUUUUACAUCUUUAGAGGAUAUCAAUAUUUUUCAAUUUCUUUAAUUCCCAAUGUUUACAUUUGGAUCUAACUUAGGUCAAUAAUAUUUGAAAUAAUUUAUUAAUAGAAUAGCAUUUGAUAUCCAAUUUUUAUUGCAUAUAAUCAUU